AAACAUUAUUACAACACUGGGCAAGACGCGUAGAGCAGUCGACAUGGCCAAACGAGUUCGAUCCACCAGCCCUUACGAUAGUCUGCAGCCUGUUAAACGCCAUGCACGCAGUACGUCACUGUCUGCGCUUGUCACCGUUGCCGUCGCCGUCGCCGCUGAACUGCACACGUGCACACUACCCCUCACGCUCGAGAACCUCACCCAACACACGCUGAGCUGCGAGUCGCAAUCCACCCACCCACAAGCACCCACCAUGUCGUCGCGAACGGGCUCGCCGACGCGCACCACCUGGGACAAUCGCAUGACCCUGCGCUCCUAUAACAUCCAUGUCGACGUCGCCCGUCCGCUACCCACGCAGCUCCAGCAACAUGUUGAUACAGUCCUCCUGCAGACUCGACCUGGCCCCCGGUCGCCCAACGCGAAGCGCAUUGUACAACAGCGGCUGGCAGCGUCGCUGGACAACGAGACCACGGGGAUACGCAAGUUGGAGCCGCUGUUGCUCUUUGCUGGCGAAGACGACCCCGGCGCCGCCAACGGGGUGCCCAUGAUCUCGAGCAAGCUCAACUUCAAUCUGGAUCGCGACUUUCUCCCCACGGCGCCGCCAGGCAAGAAGCUCCCGCGCCUCUCACAACCACAACCUGACACCAUCAUCGGCUAUCUGUCCAACAACCAGGCCCUGUCCACCGAGCCCCCUCUGGCAACUGCCUUUGACGUCAACGCCGAGGAAGCGCUUGUCAACUUCACGCUCAAUCCCGUCCUGCUCUUUCCCUUCCUCACCUCCCAGUGGAAGCCAGCCACGGGCGACUCCUCCAUCAUCGCCCAUUCCCAGAGUGCCCGAGACGGCGCCACCAUCGUCCGCUAUCUCGACCAGUUCUACACCACCGCACGCGGACAGCCGCCGACUGAGUGCGAAUGCUCGCAUAUCUCGUUUACGUGCGACAUCCAGAUGCUCAACAUCUGGCUGCACUGGCGCGAGCUGGACGCAUCCGGCACUGCCACAUACUACAUGAAGAGCAUCUACGACUGCACGCUGCGCAACGAGAAACAACUUCUAGCCGCGAGAGAAUUGCUGUGGAACCACAUCGAUUACGCCCUCACCCACCGCUUGCAGUCGCUCAAGCAGGCCAUUGGGCCGUUCAGUCGCAGAUUCGUCAGGUCCGCUAAAAUGGCUAGCUCUACAAGAUCAGAUUCCACGCCUGUCAUGCUGCCGCCUACGCCGUCGUCGACUUACUCGGUGUCUUCGGAGCCGGUCAAGAAGCGGAGUAAACGGGCAAGAUCGAAUGAUGAAGAUGAAUACCUAGGUUCUUAA